CCACACAUAUACACACGUAGAGUCAUUGAGUAUAUGGCUGUGACAAUGCUGUUAACUUGACGACAGUGAUAGGAAACACUCAGAAGGGUAUAUUUAAGUAGACUGACGCGCAAGGGCACUUGUUUAAGGGUCUCUGAUGUUCAAUACCCGAGGUGGAAUACUAGUAUACGGCCAUGGGAUGUUUUACCAAUGUUGUCUUCGUUGCGAGUAUUGUCCUGCUUAGCACGUUACCCUCAAAACAACAAGGUAACGUUCGCAGCAGAAGAGCGACAGCAUGUGAUGUCCGCUACUCCUCCCUACGGGCCGACCACACCAUGUGUCUGACGGACAGUCCAGUCGCCACCCCAGUCAUUCUCACCCCUCAGCAGCAGCAGGACAUUGUGGACAGACACAACUACCAUCGGGCCAACACGCCGGGAGCUUCCAGCAUGCUCGCUGUUGUUUGGGAUGAGGAUAUUGCUGUUGUCGCCGCCAAGUGGGCUAGGCAGUGCACAAAUGGGCACGAAAGCACGCCUUUGAAACGAAGUAUACCAACCCUGCCGGGGAUAUCUCUGGGUCAGAACGUGGGGUCGGGCUGGCCAUCCUUCUUGUCCCUCAUCACAGAUGGCUGGUACGCCGAGGUCGCCUGGUUCCGAUAUGGCGUCGGUUCCGUCAACGGCUCUGACGUCAGACAUUACACCCAGAUAACCAACGACUUCGUGUCAAGAAUAGGGUGUGGGCAAGCUAUGUGUAGCUUCCAAGGCUUCCAGACACCGUUCUAUGUGUGUAACUACGCCAGGGGACAAGGUUACAACGAGCUUUCCAAGCCGUACUGUUCUAGCAGUGACCCCGCCGCUAUCUGCCCCGUCUGUUUGUCCACAACAUCCCAAGGCCUUUGCGAUUGCUCCGGGAAAGUGUGUAUGAACUCUGGGAAUCUAGACCAGUCGCGAUGUCAGUGCCAGUGUCCAACUAGCGGCUACUUUACAGGGGCAUCUUGUGAAACAUUGGCGUGUCCUUCUGUUGACCGGCCCUUCUGUAGCGACCCACGUCUGUGCGAGGUGUACACCAACUUCCCCUACGACUGCCCUAACCUGUGCGGGACGUGCCCGAGAACUUGUAACAAGGUUUGUGAGAACGGAGGAACCCAGAACACCAUGCCCUGCUUGUGUCACUGUCCACCUGGCUACACCGGGGAUCUCUGUCAAACACCCGUUUCAGCAUCUGCCGUGAACGGCGGAUGGGGGCAGUGGGGGGCGUGGAACACGGCCUCUGUCCCCUGCCCUGUUUCCUGCGGCAACUUGGCCUACAAGACCACCUCGAGAACCAGGGUGUGUGACAGCCCCGCCCCUUCUGACGGGGGUCGUGAGUGUGUGGGAGAGGCGAGACAGGCGAGACAGGAGAGCUGUAGACUGACUACACCAUGUCCUGUGAACGGUGGGUUGUCGUUGUGGUCGGCGUGGGACGGGUCUCAAUGUACCAGGACAUGCGGGAUGCUGGUAACCCGCAUCUUCACGAGAACGAGGUCCUGCACGGCUCCAUCUCCUCAGUUUGGCGGCGCUGAUUGCGCGGGGACUGUGUUCGAAACAGCGCUCAGGAACUGUGGCUUGUCAGAAUGUCCAAUCGCCGGCAAUGUGACUGAAUGGUCAGAGUGGACAGGUCAAGCCUGCUCUGUUACUUGUGGUCAAGACGUUACCAGGACACUGGUCAGGACACGCACCUGCAAUAACCCACGACCGGCCUUCGGGGGAGCGGACUGCACAGAUGCAUUGUUUGAUACCAAGCAAGUCAACUGUAACCUUCGCUACUGCCCUAUCGAUGGCGGCAUAUCAACAUGGGAACAAUGGACCACACCUCCGUGCCCUCUGUCGUGUGGCGUGUCUGCCCACAAGGUCGUGACGAGGAACCGAAGCUGCUCCAACCCUCCUCCACAAUACGGUGGACGUGACUGUGCUGAGCCACGCUCGGAGACAGCUCUUGUCAACUGUAACAAUAGGGUUUGCCCAGGUGUGGUGGACGGUGGGGUGACUGACUGGGGUGCCUGGAUUGACUCAGCCUGCCCUGUCACGUGUGGGUUGACGGCGGUGAGGAACGUCAGCAGAACGAGAACUUGCACCAGGCCUCCACCCCAGAAUGGCGGCCGGGACUGUCUCGAGCCAUUAUUGGAGACCUAUGUUAGGGGCUGUCAGCUCCGCGGAUGUCCAGUGGAUGGUGGCUUCACACAAUGGGGACAAUGGGCCAAUCCGCCAUGCUCCGUGACCUGUGGAAGUCGUGCCACGAAGAAUGUGUCCAGAGUCAGGUCUUGUAGCAACCCCAUCCCACAGAACGGGGGGACAUUUUGCACGGGAAACAGUUCAGAAACUGAAGAAAGAAACUGUGGACUUCCUCCAUGCACAGAUGGUGGCUUCACACAAUGGGGACAAUGGGCCAAUCCGCCAUGCUCCGUGACCUGUGGAAGUCGUGCCACGAAGAAUGUGUCCAGAGUCAGGUCUUGUAGUAACCCCAUUCCACAGAACGGGGGGACAUUUUGCACGGGAAACAAUUCAGAAACUGAAGAAAGAAACUGUGGACUCCCUCCAUGCACAGUGGAUGGUGGCUUCACACAGUGGGGACCAUGGGCCAAUCCGCCAUGCUCCGUGACCUGUGGAAGUCGUGCCACGAAGAAUGUGUCCAGAGUCAGGUCUUGCAGCAACCCCAUCCCACAGAACGGGGGGAUAAUGUGCACGGGAAACAAUUCAGAAACUGAAGAAAGAAACUGUGGACUUCCUCCAUGCACAGUGGAUGGUGGCUUCACACAAUGGGGACAAUGGGCCAAUCCGCCAUGCUCCGUGACCUGUGGAAGUCGUGCCACGAAGAAUGUGUCCAGAGUCAGGUCUUGCAGCAACCCCAUCCCACAGAACGGGGGGAUAAUGUGCACGGGAAACAAUUCAGAAACUGAAGAAAGAAACUGUGGACUUCCUCCAUGCACAGUGGAUGGUGGCUUCACACAAUGGGGACAAUGGGCCAAUCCGCCAUGCUCCGUGACCUGUGGAAGUCGUGCCACGAAGAAUGUGUCCAGAGUCAGGUCUUGCAGCAACCCCAUCCCACAGAACGGGGGGAUAAUGUGCACGGGAAACAAUUCAGAGACUGAAGAAAGAAACUGUGGACUUCCUCCAUGCACAGAAACCCUGAUUUACAGACUUCAGUAA